AUGUCUGCAACUACUGAACAUGCAGAUGACGUGAAAUUAGAGAAAGAAAACUGGGAAAUGAUAAAUUCACACGUUUCAGGCAUAGUAUCCAAUUUAACAAUGGACAACUUGCAGGAAUCGUAUAAAGAUCUAUUUCAAGUCAAUAUAAUUCUUGGCCGCAAUAUUGUUUGUAGCAAUAUAUUAGAUUUUACUCUCAAGAAACAGAACAGUCGACAAAUGCCUGUUUUAUCGGCUUUGAUUACCUUGUUGAAUUCCGAAAUUCCAGAGAUUGGUGAAACUUUAACGAAAGAAUUGGUGCUAACAUUCGUGGAGCAGUUCAAUCACAGGGACUACGUUUCAUGUGAAAGUAUUCUUCAAUGUUUGUCUAUUCUAUUUCUUUACGAUGUUAUACAUGAAAUUGUGAUCUUACAGAUUCUGUUGCUACUUCUUGAGAAGAAUUCUUUAAAACUGAUUAUUGCAGUUAUGAAAGUAUGUGGCUGGAAGCUCGCGCUUGUAAGCAAGAAAAGUCACGAUAUGAUUUGGGAGAAACUAAGAUGUAUUUUGCAAACGCAGGAAUUGCCCAAAACGGUGCGUCAGUCACUAGAAGCAUUGUUUGAAGUAAGGCAAAAGAAUUAUAAAGUAGAGUCUCAAGCUCUGCUUAUGUUGAACCCAAACAGCUAUACGGUGAAUACACACUCAUAUAUUGUUGACGGUGAAGAAAAACCCAACAAAGCGCUAGGAAUUUUUGAGAAAUGUGCAGAUUUUGACGAACUAACUAAGAUAUUCGAGGCGCUGCGACAGAAAAUUCUCAUGAACGGUGAAUCCGACACAAAUAAAGACAAUGACGGUCAAUUAGAAGUUACCGACAUGACAUCUACUACUGAUGUCGAAUUCAAAAAGAAAAUUUAUUUGGUCUUGAAAAGUUCAUUAUCAGGUGACGAAGCGGCCCACAAGCUGUUAAAAUUAAAGAUUGCAAACAAUUUGAAAAAAAGUGUAGUGGAUAUAAUAAUAAAAUCCAGUUUACAAGAAUCUACUUUUUCUAAGUUCUAUGCAGUAUUGUCUGAACGUAUGAUCGCUUUUCACAGAAGUUGGCAGACAGCUUACAGUGAAACUUUCGAGAAAAAUUAUACCCAGGAUAUUGAAGAUUAUGAAACAGACCAACUACGAAUCUUAGGUAAAUUUUGGGGCCAUUUGAUAUCUUAUGACCUCCUUCCAUUGAAUUGUCUUUCGAUAAUUUCGUUAACUGAGGAGGAAUCUUGCCCACAAGGAAGAGUUUUUAUCAAAUUCUUAUUUCUAGAGUUGGUUAAUGAGCUGGGAUUAGAAGUAUUGCAUUCAAGGCUAAGCUCUAUUAAACUUGAAGGAAUGUUCCCGCUCGAGGGAGAUGCAGAUGAUAUGAGGUACUCCAUAAACUACUUCACGGCUAUAGGGUUGGGUUUAUUGACAGAGGAAAUGAGAAGCCGAUUGAAAAUUAUACAAGAAAUGGAAGAUGCAAGAGAAGAAGAAAAAAAGUUGAAACGAGAGGAAGAACUUGAGAAGUUACGGAAGAAAGCUCAAGAAUCACAACCAUCACAAGGGCCAAAAAUUCACGAGUCCAGGUUAUUUUUACAAAAGGAUGUUAAAAGAAAUAGUAGAUCGAGAUCGCCGCCAUCAGUGGCAAGAAGAGAACGUGCCAGAUCCAGAACACCCCCUAGGGGUCCAAGGAACCAUCGUAACAGAUCCAGAACCCCACCCGCAAGAAGACAACGGUAUAGGUGA